GGUUUUUUUUUGGCCGCCGAGGUGUACGGUACGAGUUGGGGUGGGGGAGGUUGCUAGUUGGGAGAAUGUCGUGAACAGUCGCCUUGUUGGCUCCCAUCUCCUUGCACUCUGAUAAUAACUGGAUGGGGGUUUACUCGGAAGGUGUUUGGGUUGUUGCGGUGGGAUGAGAGUGCAAGAGCUAAACUGAGGAAUUACUAAAUUAACGAAAAACCAGGAUGCGAGGUUAACAAACCGCAGACCAGAAUGCCUAGAGGAACAAAAGAGUUCUUCAUGUUAUUCGCUUUCGAGACUCUGCGGACGGAACUAACAAGCUUCUAAACCGCUAACGUUAGCUGAGUUGACACUAGCUACACUGCAGUUGCAAGCAUCCUUGCUGCUUGUUUGUCUGUGGAGCGGACAUCACUGACUCGUCAUGGUAGUAGUGGCUAGCUACUCUCCACCAUGGUGGGUGAACCUACUACACAGAUUCCCCCAUUUCAACUUCAAGUUCGAGCAAACUAGCAGCGAUUUCCGACCGGAGGACUGGACAUAUCAACAGUCCAUUCUGUUACUGGGAGGUGUGGCGCUUGCUUGCCUGGCCCUGGACCUCUUGUUCCUGCUCUUCUAUUCUAUUUGGCUGUGCUGCCGGCAGAGCAAAAAUGAGGAGCAGCCCAACGCUGACUGCUGCUGCACAGCCUGGUGUGUCAUCAUCGCAACACUUGUCUGCAGCGCUGGCAUUGCUGUCGGUUUCUAUGGGAACGGUGAGACUUGCGAUGGAGUGAAUCGGCUGACGUAUUCCCUGCGCCAUGCUAACCGUACAGUCACUGGGGUACAGAAACUGGUAUAUAACAGUACAUCCUCCUUGAACCAGACUGUAGACGAGAAUCUGCAACAGCUUGAGGGUCAGUAUGCACAGCAUGCAGACUACCAGUCCAUCAUCCAUAAGCUGCAGGGCCAGCUGGAUGAGCUGGUUAGACAGAUGAAGGAGAUUCCCUUCUGGGGCAACUCCAACAUCUCCCUGGAGGAGCUGUCCAUCAAGAUUGAGCUGUAUGACUGGUACAGGUGGCUGGGCUACAUAGGCCUGCUACUGUUUGACGUCCUCAUCUGCCUUCUGGUACUGUUUGGCCUCAUUCGCAACUCAAAGGGAACACUAAUAGGCGUGUGCUUGUUUGGUGUCGUGGCUCUGGUAAUCAGCUGGGUCUCUCUGGGGCUGGAGUUGGCCAUCUCUGUGUCCUCCAGUGACUUCUGUGUUGCUCCUAAUACAUAUGUCACCAAAGUGGCAGACCAAUAUGGAGUCAUCAGUCAAGAAAUCCUGCAGUACUACCUUAGUUGCAGUUCAGAACAGACCAACCCCUUCCAGCAGAAGCUUUCCGGGAGCCACAAAGCAUUAGUGGAAAUGCAGGAUGAUGUGUCUGAACUGCUACACUCUGCCACCAGAGAAUAUAAACAAACUAAGGAAAGUCUAGAAGAGAUCCAGGGGAUACUAAACACCACGGAGAUCAGUCUACAUCAGCUCACUGCAUUGGUGGACUGUCGUAGCCUGCACAUGGACUAUGUCCAGGCUGUGACAGGUCUGUGUUAUGAUGGAUUGGAAGGCCUCAUCUACCUGGUACUCUUCUCCUUCGUCACCACUCUCAUGUUCAGCUCGAUUGUUUGCAGUGUGCCUCAUACUUGGCGGGGCAAGCGGAGUGAGGACAACAGUGAUAAUGAGUCUCUGAGUCAUGGAGGUAGGCCGGGAGGACAUGAUAACUUGUACCGAGUGCACAUGCCCAGCCUGUACAGCUGUGGCAGCAGCUACGGCAGCGAGACCUCCAUCCCUGCUGCAGCCCACACUGUCAGCAAUGCACCUGUCACUGAAUACAUGGCUCAGAAUGCCAACUUUCAGAACUCUCGAUGUGAAAACACACCUCUGAUCGGACGCGAGUCUCCUCCCCCCUCGUACACCUCCAGCAUGCGGGCCAAGUACCUGGCCAGCAGCCGACCAGAUCCCAACAACACUGCAGCGCACUAGAUGACACUGGACUCAUCCUGUCUGCAGCAUCUCUGAAGUCACUCACUUGGUCCUUUUUCUUUUCCCCCUCAUAGAUGAUUUUGCACACAGUCACUCCACUUCCUGCUUUCUUCUGCCAUUAACUGUCUCACUUGUCCAGAUGUGCUUUUGCUGGUUGUGAAGCAAAAUUAGCAGGUGUCAUAUAUCAUCUCAUGAUUCAAGAGUGCAGAUAUUUAUUCUUCAGAUUUCUCAAUCCUGGGCUGAUGACUACCGCAACAGUCCUUAUUGGUGCUGCAGAGCCUGGACUGACUUGUACUUUUUUUUUUGUCCUUCAGAUUAUUUCACCAUGGAGUUUACAGUGUCAAGUCUACCAAGGCAUUGCAGUGUUAAACUCUGUGGAAGAGCUCAUACAAUAACAUUGGUUACUACUGGUUGAGGUUUUGUAAAGUACUGUACUGCACUCUUACUGUGGGAGAGUGAGAAAAAUGCCUUACACAUAAAUACGGUAGGAUCCGGCUGUUUUCUUCUCACGACACACAACACAUACGCACUGUAAUAUAGACUGAUUUUACAAUGCAGCAUCUCAGUUGCUUAGGUCUUAUUUCUGCUUGUGGAACUUGUGAAUCAGAUAUUUGCAUUAUUCUCCACAUAUUGUAUAUCACGUGCACAUUGGCUUGUUUUUGCAUUUUGUCUUAAUUCUGGGACCAGUUUUUCUGCAGGAUUUUGCAUCAUACAGGUCUGAAAUGGCAUCUUUUUUCCCUUGGGAUCCUGUUUUUUAAAAUACAUUGAGGAGCCACUUUUCCACAGCAGUGACUGUAACGUGAAGCUGUGAACUUCUCAGAGGAUUUGAUGAGCUGCAUGGUGGAAAUGCAGCUGGGAUGACAUUGUUCUUAAAAAAAUUAAACCACAGUGACUUUAACGCUGAAGCUUUCAUACUACUGGCAGCAGAAUCUUUUGAAGAUAACAAUGAAGCAGUGAAGGACAUGUUGUCUUCUGCGACCUUAACUCCAGUGCCCUCUCUUCACUAGGCUCAAUGUUUCUGUAAAGUUGUAAAGCCCUGGUAGUUGUCUCCUUUAACAGAACUGGGAGUUGCCCACACACACACACCACAGAUUCUGUUAAGCAGAGAUUUUCUCCCAUCAGCAGUUUAAAGUUAGAAAAGCCUCCCACUGAUUUUCCCAACAGGAGUUGAGAGAAUUUCCAAGAGAAACCUUGUGCAUUGGCAUUGCAGUGGCUCACAAAUGUGUUUUAGCAUUUAAUUAAGAAGUAGCUAAGGGUAAGUGGAUGCCUUGAAGGAAUUGUGAUGCCUGUGCACUCUAUAUAAUCAGAAGUGUUCCUGUUGAAGCAUGACGACCCUUCACACGUGGAGUGAGGUGUUUGUACUUCUGCUGCUUUGACUUCUCGUAGGUGUGCUCUGUGACCAGUACAAGUGGUGAUGUUUGAGACUGUGCCAACAAGUAAAGCACAACUUCUUGUUAUCUUUAGUGGGUUUUUUUUUUGUUUUUUUUUAUGCUUUUCCUUUAGGCCUGUUUGUACAGUUGACCGUUCCUGGUUGCCUGUGCAAUCAGGAGAACAUGAGCCCGACUUUUUUAAAUCAUUUAUGCUCUGUAAAACAUUAUUACGCUGAUGCAGUCUUUGUUUUUGGGAUAGUCAUAUUUGUUUGUGAUACAAGGCUGUUGUACAGAUUAUAAGCAUUUACAAAAAAUGCUGAAGUUAUUUCAUUUUACAUUUUUAUUUCACUUUUUAAAACUUUUUUCCUGUUUGAUUUGAUUUGAUUUUAAUUUUUUUUUCCAUUUUAGAAUCUGUAGCAAGCACAAUGUGUUGCUUCAUUAAUGUGAACAUGGUAAAUAGGUUUUAAUUGAACAUGAAAAUUUUUUUUCUCCUUAAACAAAUCACUGUAGAUGUAACUUUGUUUUUUUGCAAUCUCUAAAGUGUGUACAUGUAAAACCUGUGGUUAUAUUGAUUUUGAAUGCUGUGUUU